UGGGUGAGGGAGUGUGAAUUUAUCAUGGGCAAAAAUUUGCGCUUCAUUCUUAGCUGUGUGCUGAGCAUCCUUGCACCGGCAUGCACAGUCUCCCAAGGCUCAUACUGCUGAAGAGUACGCCCCUCUCUCUCUCACACUCUCUCUCACACACACACACACACACACACACACAUACGCACACACUCUCUCUCAGCCUCUCCCACUCAACCUCUCCCUCACACACAUACACACACGCACGUGCUUGCAGUCACACACGCGCAGUGCUGUCAGAAGCACCGCUGCUGGAUCACAGCCAUCUCGCGAAGGAGGUUCCAGCGGAGGGAAGAGAAAGCCAGAGCGAGAGCGAGACAAAGGGAAGGAGGACGGUAGAAGGAGAGGAGCGAAUAGGAGCACAGGGACCGGCACAAGGAAGAAGAGACCCAGCGCUUUGUGAAGAACAGAAAGCGAGGGACAGGAGGAGGGAGGAGGAGAGAGGAAAAAAGAGGAGGGGGAACAGGAAACGCGAUCACUUUCAGCUGCAGCGGUCCGUGUCGCAGCAUGGGCAAUGCACCAUCCCAAGAUCCCGAGCGUGGUGGCAGUCACAUGAUCUCCACAGAUGACUUGGAGUAUCCACGAGAGUACCGGACGCUGGGGAACAGCGCACGGCGCUUCUCCAAUGUGGGCCUGGUGCACACAUCGGAGCACCGCCACACCGUCAGUGCGGCCCAGAGCCUGGAAGCCCUGACCAACCUGCACAAGGCUGACAUGGAGCGCAAGAGGGACGCCUUCAUGGAUCACCUGAAGAGCAAGUACCAGCAGCAGCAGCAGCAGUUGCAGCAUCCGCACCACAGCCCGCACCACAACCCACCGUCGCCCUCACCCUCCCACGCCAGCAUGAGGGGUACGUCAGAGCGGUCUGCACGAGAACAGCAACAGCCCAACUACUGGAGCUUUAAGAGCCGCAGUCCACGGCAUUCCCAGUCUACCCAGUCUGGGCUUGCCGACCAGGCCGCCAAGCUUUCCUUUGCCUCAGCUGAAUCCUUGGAGACCAUGUCAGAAGCCGACAUACCCAUCGGGUUCAACCGGAUGAACCGAUUUCGCCAGAGCCUGCCGCUGUCUCGCUCUGCCAGUCAGAAUAAGCUACGAUCUCCAGGGGUGCUGUUCCUGCAGUACGGAGAUGAGACACGUCGGGUUCACAUCACCCACGAGCUAAGCAGCCUGGACACUCUGCACGCUCUCAUCGUGCACAUGUUCCCUCAGAAGCUAACAGCAGGUAUGCUGAAGUCACCCAACACAGCCAUCUUGAUCAAGGAUGAGGCGCGCAACGUCUUCUACGAGCUGGAGGACGUCCGGGACAUCCAGGACCGCAGCAUCAUCAAGAUUUACCGCAAAGAGCCCAUCUAUGCUUCCUACCCUGCUGCUGCACACCUGGCUAACGGAGACCUAAGGAGAGAGAUGGUGUACUCCUCUCGCGACUCCUCCCCAACUCGCCGCCUCAACACGCUCCCUUCCUCUACAGCCUCGGGGUCCUCUGGCUCUCCAUCCCGCUCACGCCUCUCCUACAGCGGCGGCCGUCCUCCCUCCUUCACUGGGUCCCACUCCCAGCAUGAACAGCCACGACAUCCCCACCAUCCCUCAGCUGGCCACGGUGCCAAUGCAGGCCUGUCUCCCUCACCCAGUGCCAUCCUGGAGCGCCGCGACGUUAAGCCUGAUGAAGAAGUUUCUGCAAAAAAUAUGGCGCUAAUGAAGAAUGAGUCACUGUAUGCAGAUCCCUACAGCCUGAUGCAUGAGGGCCGCCUCAGUAUCGCCUCCACCCAGUCGUUAGCUGCCAUCGGAGACCCCUUUAGCUUUCCCGUUUCCAGUGGCCUGUACCGCCGUGGCUCUGUGCGCUCCCUCAGCACAUACUCAGCCGCAGCUCUUCAAGGAGACCUGGAGGACUCCCUCUACAAGCCAGGAGGUUCGCUGUACUCUGAUACAUACUCCUCAGCCACACUGGGCAUGGGUUUUCGCAUGCCGCCCUCAUCCCCGCAGAAAAUCCCUGACAUGCAGCUGAGGGACAGGGACUCUUAUUCCAGCUCACCCAGCAGAGCCUCACCUGUCAGGCAGACCUUCCGCAAAGACUCAGCCUCCUCCUCUGUGUUUGUGGAGAGCCCAAAGUCGAGGCCCAGCUCCAGUUCAGAGCCUCUGUGUCUGACAGCUGGGCCUGGGGAGGGCAGCAGGGCCACACCUGGCUUUGGUUCUUCGUUGUCUGGACAGGACCCUGACAGCAGCAGGGAUCACCGUCUGGAGCGUAUGGAGGCAAUGGAGAAGCAGAUCGCCAGCCUUACCGGCCUGGUCCAGAGUGUGCUGACCAGAGCACCAGACAGUGACAGCACAUGUGGCCUGCUGCGUCUCUGCAUGAUGGCGGGCUGCCCUCCGGACCAAGGGACGGAGUUCUCACGGCCAUUACCUUUCUCUUCCAGCGAGAAGACUGAAACCAACAGCGAUGGCUCCGCCACUGGAACUGGACGGCUGAAGCAGAAAGCUCAUACACCGUCGGCACCUCUAGCUCUGAUGCCGCCACCACCUUCCAACACAACCCAGGUGAACAGCGUGGGCCGCUUGCAGAUGCAGCUCCACCUGCACGGCCUGCAGCAAAACGCCACCGACCUGCGCAAACAGCUCAGCCAGCUACGCAGGAUGCAGAUGGAAAACCAGGAUUCAGUGCGAACUCUGUUGAAGCGGACAGAAGCGGAGCUGAACGUGCGUGUGGCCGAUGCCCUGAGGAAGCAGGAGGAUCCUCUGCAAAGACAGCGCCUCCUGGUGGAGGAGGAGAGACUCAAGUACCUCAACGAGGAGGAGCUCAUCAUCCAGCAACUCCACGACCUGGAGAAGUCAGUGGAAGAGAUCCAGAAGGAGUCGUCUGUCAACCACAAGCUGGUGACAGUGCAGGAGCUGGAGGAGAAGGCCACUGUUCUGAGAAAGCUGGGAGAAACACUCACAGAACUGAAAAAUCAGUUUCCAGGCCUGCAGAGUAAGAUGCGGGUGGUGCUCAGGGUGGAGGUGGAGGCCGUCAAAUUCCUGAAAGAAGAGCCACACAGGCUUGAUGCCCUGUUAAAACGCUGCAAGACUAUAACUGACACCCUCGCCACCAUGCGCAAACAAGCAAAUGAGGGGGUGUGGAAGAAGCAGGAGGAUUUCUCUAGUCCUUCAUCAAAGCACAACGAUGAUUUGCGAAAGUUUUCAGACUUUGACAUCCCAACCAGCCCGCCACUCACCAUCAAUGACCUUGGGGUAGGCAACAGCCUGUCCAACUGGAGUCCCCAUUCCAGCCUCAGCCGUGGCCACGGGAACAUGUCCGGCCCCCACAAGGACAAUCAUCCUCCUGUUCCCCACAAGGGCAAAGCCCUGGAGGAGCUGGAACGCCGUGCUUUAGCUGACAAAGCUUUGUCUGUGGAGGUCCGACUGGCAGCAGAGCGGGACUGGGAAGAAAAGCGGGCCAGUCUGACCCAGUACAGUGCCCAAGACAUCAACCGGUUACUGGAGGAGACCCAGGCUGAACUAAUGAAAGCUAUUCCAGACUUGGACUUUGCUGCCAAGCAGAUCAAGCCCUCCUCCAACACAGCCUCCUCUCAGAACCCACAGAGUGGAGCAGGAACCCCAGAGCACCGCAUCAGCAAGCCACAGCACAAACUCUCUGGGAAAGAGGGAGGGUCCAGGCGUGGCUCUGAUGAGCUGACAGUACCACGGUAUCGCACAGAGAAACCCUCCAAGUCUCCUCCUCCUCCACCACCAAGACGCAGUUUCCCAUCUUCUCCAGGUAUAACAAGCCGCAGCGGAGAGCCCCUCAUUCCUGGAAAAAGUAUAAAGAAGUCCGAAUCUGAAGAGACUGAAGGCCAGAAGCCUCAUGUAAAACUGAGGAGGGCCGUGUCUGAAAACCCCCGUCCUGCGUCUACACCCCCCACACUUGCCUCCGGGGACAAGGAGGAAGGAGAGGAGGAGAAAAUUGCUGCUGAGUUGGAGCUGUUUGAGAGAGUCCCGCUCAGGCUCGCUCUUCCCCUUACCCUUUCCCUACCUGUUAGCCCCCGCAGCAGGAAAAGUGUGCCCCCCUGCAGACUGGACCUGUGGUCCUCUGAGGCCCCAGGCACCAAGGGAAGGUGCUUGUCUCCUGUUCCCCACAUCGUGUUGACAGAGUGUUUGCCAGCUUCACCCACUGCCUCAGAGGAUCCUGUCAGAGAUUCAGUAAAUUACCCUCGAAAAGAGAGUCCGUCACAAGAUUGGACUGGUCAUCACACCGUCUACCAGACUCAAACUUUAAAAGAAAGGGAUUUAUUUGAAAGCCCUAUUCAGCAAGAGCAAGAGCAGCGUAGUUUUAAGGAGGACAUGGAGUCAAAACCGGAAGUUGCCCUGCUGUUGACAGAGCUGGAGGUGAGGGUAGUGUCUCCCAUUGAGGUCCAGGAGCUCAGCAGGACUAUAGGAGAAGCUCUGCAGACUCUGACCAUCUCACCACAGACUAAUGAAGUCCCUGAGGUCCAGCUGAGUGGACGGCCUCUACUAGUGCUCCUCAGAGAAUUAAAUACAGUCAGGGAUGCCUACAGGCUGCUGUAUUCCCUUUUGGAGUCAUCCAAGCUGGUGCCCAAACCCAGAAUAAAGUCCUCCUCCCUCCACUUGGGCCAGCAGAGUUCUCUGAUGGAUGCUCUGAGGAGAGGGAUAGAGACAGGGGACAGAGUGUUGACACUUCAACACAACACUGAAAUUAAGAUUCCUGAGGUACAGCAGACAUCAGUAAACAUUACUCAGAAGUCCAGCGGAUCACCUAGCUCUGCGGACAGACUAUCCAACGAAAUCCAGAGGAAACGCAGAGAAGGUAUCCGACUCAGCACCUACAGGAGGCUGGACAGCUUGGAGGAGACUAUUCGUGAGCUGGAGAACACAUUGAUAGAGAUCAGUGGCCAUCCAUCACAGCAGCUCUACACUGAGACAGCCACCAAAAGCAAACCUGUGCAGGUGAUGGGCAGUCUAACCACAGAGACAAAGAAGCCUCCGGUCCCACCCAAGCCAUCCUCUUUCAGCCCAGCAUCGAUCCAGGGAGGGAAUGGUACAAGCGCCGGUAAAGUCCUCCACUCCUCAGCUGCCUCCAAACUGAAGCACCUGCAGCAGAACAGCACAGACAAGACUAAAAGUGGCAGAAGAGAGGACUUCCUGAAGAGCCAGGGCCUGAACCAGCAGUGAGCAGCACCUGUCCAUGUCCAGCCUCUUGGGCUUCCUUCUCCUCCUGUUCACUUGAUUAGAGAGCUACACACAUCCAUCCACCCCCUUUACUUUGUCAGCCUUUUCAAAUCUCCAGUGUUUAAUCCAAAAUCUACACUGGACCCCAAUCUGUGUGCAGUUGUGGAUGUGUGUAAGAGUGUGUGUGUGUGUGUGUGUGUGUGUGUGUGUGUGUGUGUGUGUGUGUGUGUGUGUGUGUGUGUGUGUGCACAAGCAUGCAUGCACGCCAGGCAUGUUUGACUGAAAUGGUAAGGGAAGGUGCUGCAGGGGACAGUGCCCAGCCAAUUUUAAGACUUUUAAUUUUUCAUGAUUUUCCCUUUGAUCCUUGAAA